GGGAAAAAUGGCGUACACCACAUUCUUUAUCCUCUCCUCCUUCCUCUUCCUAUCCAUGAUCGCCGCACCUGCAGCUUCUAUUUCAGACGAGAAUGCGUGGAGCACAGCAGAAUCACUCUAUCAACAGCUUGGUAAGCAAGUCAUCGCACAGACCGGAUCCAAAGAGAAGGAUCUCGUCGCUGCUCUUCCCGGCCAGCCGGCCGGCAACGUCAGCUUUGCACAGUACGCCGGAUAUGUUGCCGUCGAUCCGGCGGGUUCAAGGAACUUGUUUUACUAUUUUGUUGAGGCAGCUACUGAUCCCGAAUCUAAACCCCUUGUUUGGUGGUUUGAUGGAGGCGCUGGAACUUCCGCUUUUGGCUUUGGAGCACUACAAGCCAAUGGACCUUUCCAUGUGGAUCAAAGUGGAGAAUCACUUGUAAGCAAUCCUUACUCCUGGAAUAAGGUUGCCAACAUGCUCUAUGUAGAGACACCCUUUGGAGUUGGGUUCUCAUACUCGACCAACCAAUCAGACUUCGCCACCAUGGGAGACAACUCAACGACCGUCGAUAAUUUCCAAUUCCUAGCAAACUGGCUAGAGCGAUUUCCGGAGUACAAAUCCGGUGAUUUGUACCUUGCUGGUCAAAACGCCGGAAACUUUGUGUCUCAACUUGCAGAGCUGAUCAUCUUCUAUAAUAACAAGACAGGCUCUAGCAUCAAUCUUAAAGGAAUCAUACUUGGAAAUCCAUCCAUUGAUGACCUUGAAGAUGCUAGAGGGAGGUUUAUAUUCCAUGCCGGCCAUGGAAUCUUAUCAGACCAUAUUAUUAGGUUGGUGGACAAGAAGUGCAAUUGCUUAGGCUGUUGGAACUCUUCAACAUGCAAAAGGGUGCUUGAGCUUUCCAGGCCUAAAGCCUUCAGUUACAACUUGAAGGACGUCUAUGACCUGCCAUGCCAAGAGCCUGCCUAUGUCAGUUCAGUUUACAAUGAUCCGAUGACAAUGUACACCUGUGCCAAAAGUCUGACUACCAACUAUGUCAAUAAACCUGAAGUGCAGACUGCACUCCAUGUCAACAAGGGUGCCUGGAACUGGGAAGCAUUUAACAUGGAUCUUGAGGGCAAGUUCAACCAGAGCUACAAAAGCAUCGUACCAACGCUGAGAAAUGUGAUGGCUGGCGGAUGCCCAAUUUGGAUUUAUAGUGGUGACUUGGACUCCCGCAACCCUGUCACAUCCACAAUGUAUUCAUUGAGGCUGCUCCGUUUGAAAGAGAAAACCCCAUGGUAUGGUUGGUACAUCACUCCAUUCGAGCUUGCUGGAUAUGUAAUGGAAUAUGAAGAGAAGUUGACAUUCAUUACCAUUAGAGGAGCUGGUCACUCAGUUGUAGACAAACAACCAGAAAGGGGACUCCUCGUGUUUACCUCCAUCAUCCAAGGGCAAAAUCUUCCAAAGUCCCCAUUCUUGCACUAUUGAUCAUGUAGGAGAGACUAAAUUUAUAUAUGAAUAAAUGUAAAUCAUUUAUGUUGCUUAAA